GAGAUGUGGUAGCAGCGACAUGAGGAGGAGGACGACACGUGGCAUGCAAGUUCUUGGAGGCUCUGGCAGUGAAUGAAACAGGACUCAGCUAGUGACACGUUGCAUCUCAUGGAAGUGACACGUGGCAUCUCGUGGAAGUGACACGUGGCAUCUCGUGGAAGUGUUACAUGGCAUCUCGUGGAAGUGACACGUGGCAUCUCGAGGAAGUGUCACGUGGCGUCUCUUGGAAGUGACACGUGGCAUCUCGUGGAAGUGACACUUGGCAUCUCGUGGCACGUCCUUGUUGUAGCGGAGAGGAGGGGCGGGACGAGGACUCAGACAAGGGACACGUCGUUCGUCUAGCAGAGAGGAGGAAGAAGACGACGUGUCACACGUGGAGCGAGAGAGGACUCAGUGACGUGUAGUAGCGUGUCGUUAGUCAGUGACACGUGGCAUGUCCGUCGUUCAUCUGGCAGAGAGGAGCACGAAGACGACGAGUUUGUCAGUGACACGUGGCACGCGUUGGUAAACAGCGACACGUGGCACGAGUCUGCCAGUGACACGUGGCAUGUGGUGUUUAUUGUACCCCAGAGGACGACGAAGACUCUCGGUAGCGGCAUGUCCUGGCACCACUAUCUAUCUAUCGAUCCCUUAUUGAUCAUUUAUUGGUCACUUGUUGAUUAAUUUGAUUGAUUAAUUUAAUUGUAUUUAUUAUACUACUGGUAGUAUGACCUGGCCUAAGGAAUUGGCAGCGGCUUGCGGGUUUGCGCUGGUGGUGGGACCACCACGUGCUGACGUGGCCUCUCCCGCGAGCAGCUCAUGGGUUCAUUCUCUCGCAUCAUCUUCCCAGACGAUGAGGAUGACGUCAACAACAAGGAGGAGGAGAGCAGGGACAGAUGGUCCUUGUUGUCUGGCCAUGGGAUGUUGCUCCCAGCAGAUUGAUCUUCUCAGAUCCCGACCGUCCGAUCUGAGCGCACUCGGCGAUCGUCAUCAUCCAGGGCUGGCCGGUCGUUGCGGAAGCAAGUGGCAACUGCGGCGAGGAGGAGGAGGAGGAGGAGGGGGUCAUCUUCUUUACCGACGGAGCAUGGCUAUGUUAUACGUAGCUGCUCUCUUCUUCCUGCUCAUUCUCUUGUCUCUUCCAGACACGACACGUGGCGCCCUUGUCGCCUCUGGAACCGCUGUGAGGAUGAUGCAGGUGCAGGGGUCGAUUCCAACCGCCGUCAGAUUGGCAGAAGAGUCAUAUCCGAAGAACACCCGUCUUCCUCAUUCUUCAUGGAAUCAGUCACCGACUCUCACUUCAAGAGGGAGACUGAUGUUCUUAGCAAAUGGAUCUGAAGGAGGAGGGAAAGGAGGAGGAGGAGGAGGAGAAGCGAAGGAGGAGUUAGCAACCUAUGCGUCCCUGAAGGACCCUAUGAUGUGGAAUCGAUUGACAGCUCCACGUACAACAGGAGGGGGAGGAGGAGUGGGAGUAGUAGGAGGAGGAGAGGGAGGAGGAGGAGGAGGAGGAGGAGAACGAGGAGGAGGCGGAGGAGGAGGAGGAGGAGGAGAUGGAGAAGGGAUCGAGCCGCUUGAUAAUGCAGCGUUGGCAACCACUAUGACAAGGAGGGGGGGAGGGGGAGAAGGCGGCGGAGGAGGAGGAGGGAGAAGAGGAAGAGGAGGAGGAAGAAGAGGAGGGGGAAGAGGAAGAGGAGGAAGAGGAGGAGGAGGAGGAGGAAGAGGAGGAGGAGGACAAGGAGUCUCUCACAUUGACGAAGUGGUUAUAUCCCAUCGCUCAAGUCAGGAUCUGUCACCUGUUGUUUGGAUAAGGGCAAGACGGUUUGCAGUAGCAGCAAGAGGAGGAGGAGGAGGAGGAGGAGGAGGAGGAGGAGGAGGAGGAGGGAAAGGAGGACGAGGAGGAGGAGGAAAAGAAGGAGGAGGAGGAGGAGGAGGAGGAAGAGAACGACGAGGAAGAUGGUUACGAUACUUGGCUCUUGAGGCCGAGGUUGCCGGUUCGAGUCCGUGCUUGUACGGAGGAGGGGGCUGAUGCCCAGGGGUACUGAUCCAAUGACAUGGUAGAAAAGAGAAGAGGCAGGAGGAGUGGUGGAGCAGCCAUUGUGUUUUGGAGGAAAACAAGGUAGAAGGUGAAGAGGUUGAGUAGCUAUAUAACUACCGUCUUCCAACGAACAUAAGGCACACUGCUAAUGAAUGUAGACAAGCUAU